AUGGAAUCGGGGAAUAGUAGUAGCAUGCAAUCAUCGAGUGGUGGCGAUGAUCAAGAAUAUGAAUCCGGCGGAGUAGUAUCAGCAACAACGGGAGGUAAUUACUUCUUGAGUAAUACUAGUAGUACUAACAACACCCUACCUUCAUCAUCUCAUUUUAGCAAUAGUCACAAUCAUUCUAUGUUUAUGUUAUCUGCCAACAAUCAAAUACCACCUCCGCCGCCACCACUACCGCCCUCUUCAGCACAUGUUAGUUACUUAGACUCUUUUGAUACCCAAACUAAUUAUCAGAACUUGAUGUUCGGAUGGUCUGCUAAUAACCAAUUCUCUACCAGUAACAACUUGUCCGAUCCUAACCCACAUCCACCUCCACCUCCUCCUUCGAUGCCGAAUCAAAGUUGCACCACUACCCCUAAUACCACCCACCUUCCACCUCCAAGAUCGGUACCCUCACAAACUAUGUCAGCACAUCAACAAACCGCCACUGCUGGUGCUAGUAGUGGUAGCACCAGCAGUGGUAAGAACCCGAGGAAGCGAACUCGAGCGUCAAGAAGAGCGCCUACGACGGUACUUACCACGGAUACGACUAAUUUCCGAGCUAUGGUUCAAGAGUUCACUGGCAUUCCAUCAUCUCCAUUCUCAGCAGCUGCAUCACCUCUUAUAUCUAGAAGACUCACCGAUCUUCUAUCCGGGUCAAGUUCAAGUUCGGGCGGACCUAGGUCGGGUCUACCACAUCCGAUGUCGGGUCACAACCCGAGUUCACUAGAACGUCUCCUUGCUGGUUACAACAACAACAACAACAACAAUUACCCAUUCAGACCCUUACCUCAAAAACCAAAUACUAAUACAAAUAUAAAUAGGAAUCAUGAUCAAACCAUGUUCGGGUUCGUGCCGAUGCGAUUACCAUCGGACACUACGGGUGGGGGUGGUGGUGGUGGUGGUUGGAGAGGUGGAGGAGAACAACCACAACCACAACAACAACAAAGAGAUGAUGAUGGGAAUAUGAGAGGUGCAAUGAGUCAGCAACACCAAACCACGGGUGCUGAAAAGAGUAAUAAUAAUAAUGUUAGUAAUCAGCAAAUGGGGGGGUCAAUUAGUGGGGGUGGGACUUCCAAUUAUAAUGUGAAUAUCAAUUGUUCAAGAGAUAAAGCCUUAGACAAUUCUACCCAAGGUACGUUGGGUGAUUUUCUUGGUUAA